AAAGAGCUAGCUUAUUUAAUUGCUGUUUACCUUCUGAAGAAGAAAUGGGAUCUGAAAGCACUCUUAGACUGCCAGUCAUAGAUUUCUCCAAGCAAGACCUAAAGCCUGGAACCCCCGAGUGGAAUUCAGUGAAGAGCUAAGUUCUGCAAGCACUUGAAGAGUACGGUUGCUUCGAGGCUUUAUUUGACAAAGUUCCUUUAGAGCUACGAAAGGCGAUGUUCCGAUCACUAGAAGAGCUUUUCAACCUCCCUUUGCAGACCAAGUUGCGCAACGUUUGCGAGAAGCCCUUCCAUGGCUAUGUUGGGCAAUACCUUCAAGUUCCCUUGUACGAAAGCAUGGGCAUUGAUGAUGCCAAUGUCAUUGAAAAAGUUGAAGAAUUGACCAAGAUCUUGUGGCCCGAAGGAAAUGCAAGUUUUAGGGUCAUGAAAUAUAAUGGGCCGCAGACCACUGAGGCGAAGCUCGGACUAAACGCUCGCACUGACAAGAACAUAGUUACCAUAUUGUACCAAAAUGAGGUCGAUGGAUUGGAAGUAAAGACCAAAACCGGAGAAUGGAUCAACGUGAAGCCCUCACCGGAUUCUUUCAUCGCCAUGAUGGGAGAUUCUCUCUAUGCAUGGUUAAAUGGUCGAUUGUACUCUCCCUAUCACCGAGUGAUGAUGGCUGGAGACAAGGCCAGGUACUCUACCGGAUUGUUUUCGAUCCCCAAAGCGGGAUACGUAAUAAAGGCUCCGGAGGAGAUGGUGGACGAAGAACAUCCUUUGCUGUUUAAGCCCUUUGACCAUAUUGAAUUCAUGGGGUUUUACUAUAGGGAGGCUGGACAGAGAGCUGAAUCUGCACUUAAGACUUAUUGUGGUGUCUAAGAUAAGAGUAGUAUAUAUGAAUGCUUUGCAGCUUGGUAGUCAAGCUUUGUAUGUCAAUUUAUGUAUAAUGUCUGGGGUGGAAAUAUCACAUAUUUUCUGUGCUUGUAAUGUAUGGAUAAAAUAUAAUAAAAUCUUCUCUCACUA